AAUAAAGUAUCCGUCCCUUUCGAAGAAGCACUGUGUGUACUACUUCCGCUCAGCCUCUCGGUAAAUGGAACUGCUGAAAAACAGAACUUCUUUACUUCGUCACUUGAGUUCCGUUUAACGAAAGUCCGCUGCAUCUUUUUUAUUCUUUACUGUAUAUAUGUCCUUAUCACUGCGAAAUUCUACGUCUGACAGCUUCAAGUUUACCUUGUUUGAUAGACUUCUCGCGGAUUUAUUUUGAGAUACUUCGAACAUACUUUUUUACGUCAUCUUAUGUUGGUCAAUACCCCGCAGUGGGUAUGCGUCAUAGUUUUCAGGCCAUCAUCAUCAGCAGCAGCGGCAUUCGCCGACGAAGAUCUGACAGUCUGUGAAACCGACCAACCUGUGAUCUCUGCUUCUGGAUCGAGUGAUGCAGGUACGAUCAACAUUGUGCGCGCUCUGUACAUGAUUUCGAAGCUUCUUUUGCGUCGAGCGUCUUCAACAUCAAGGGAACCGCAGAAUGACCCCAGGGGGGAAGCCGUGCGACCCGGCCCUCGGCUUCGACGCAGCUACAAAGCUACACGGACAUAUCUGUCUACCGAAUAUGCGACGGCUGAUACUAGUGGUCCUGUUUGGCGCUGCGGGCUUGCUAGCCACAUUGUACACCACGUCUACCGUGGAGCGCCUGGUGACACCGCUGACGCCUAACGGAUUUCCGGAAUCAUCUGCUCCUGCAACGCCACCUGCCGAAGCUUUGUCGGACCUGAACUGGACAGCCUGUCCAGCCGGGAAAGACAUUACAGCGGAGCGCCACUUCAGACUGUGGGACGAAAAGCUCGCCCACGCGCUCCGCCUUUCGGCGAAAGGACUUCCGAGGACAGAGAACGAGUCGUGGCACGCCGUCACCGAACACAUCCACGUCUUCUCCGCCUUCGUCGCCACCGACAAGAGGCGCAAAAUCAUAGUCAGCAGCCUCGUGCGGAGCCAUGAGCCGAAAUCUAACGGCACUCCCGUCCAACACCCACCUCUGCAGUGCAUUAUUCGGACCUCGAACGAGACAAUCACACACAAAGCCCACAUUCGAAUAAUGUGGACCUACUUUAACCCGAGCUUCAAGAAUGCCUUGAUCACGUGCCGGUCACCUAACGGUACAAGGCCAGCCGAUGACUACAUCCAGGUUGCAAUCGCGGCUAGAGUUUCAAACGCGACAUCGUUCCACUGGCUGAAGCUGCAUUAUCUACCGAAGGAAUCUAAUGGAACGUGUUGCGCCGUAUGUGUUAGGCCGCUUUUCGGUGCUGUAAGCCUCUGGAAGAUAGUUGAAUUCAUUGCACAUUACAGGGUUGCGGGGGCGAGAACGUUCUACUUUUACGACCUCAAUAUGAACUCAAACUUGAAGCUCCUUCUCGCCUGGAUGCAAUCCAUGGGAGUCGACCUGACCUUAGUCCCUUUCAAGCUUAUUGUCGACACCACUGCCGAACACCAGCACGUCCAUGCGCACGGCCAGAUGCCUGCCCUGUACGACUGUAUUUUCAGGUCCCUGUCCAAAAUGGAGUACUACGUCCACGUGGACAUCGACGAGCUAAUGGUUGCACUGCCGAAUUUCAGCAUCCAGGCCUUUGUCCAGAAUGCACAGCGCAAAAGCAAGGUUUCUUUCGGAAGCUUCGUGCUACCAAGCAGGUUCCAUUGCGCUGAAUACCCUCGAAACUUGCGCUACUCCAGCUACAAAUUAUUGCCCCUUCAGACGCGGCUGUUUGCCUACCACACCGUCUACAUGAACGACGAGGGUGUCACUAAGUACAUCGCUCGCUCCAGGACUGUCUGUGAGCCGGCUGUUCAUCAAGUGAAAAAACACUGUGGACGAGCCACUGAGUACUUAAUCGACAGUUCCCAGGCCUUCAUCAAGCACUACAGACAGUGCUGCGAUUUAGCGCCCUCGAGCCACCAUGCCAAGGUCUCGAAAAUGUGGACUGUUACUUUGGUGUCUGCUGACUCUUCGUUUACGGAGCUUUCCGCGCGUAUUGAAGACGAAACGAUAACGAAGGCGCUAAGAAGGCUGAUGGCUUAAAGCAACAGUGUCUGGCUGAAGAGAUUUACGCGACAGGCAAGCGCUAGAAGCACACCAAUAGCAACAAACAAGAUUACGUUCCUGUUUUUACCUUGUCAACAUAAAAUUCUGGUCACCUAAAUGCAAUGAAUCUGCUAUAGGUUAGUUACAUCGCCUAAUAGUCAUUUAGUUCAUGCGCCGAAUCACCCAUAGGACAAUAAAAUACAAAAUGUGCCCAAACGCCCGUGGCAGACCGGAAGCAUGACGAGGCGUGAUUCGGAUCUCUAGUUAAACAACUACACUUCAUAUGAGAUUGGAGCAAUAAAUGUCACGUGCGUACAUAUUCCCCAUGAACGUCAUUAUUUGAGGGGCUUGAAACAGUUUUUUAAUUAAUCAUACAUUGACCUCACUAACAGAGCGCUCCGUCUUACGAAUCUCACGCCCAGAAAGUUUUUCGAAUACUCCAACACUAAGCACAUAUAGCAUCUACACCCGGCUUUCUCUUUUCGUCUCUGCUUGCGCGCUGGAAGAAACACAACGGAGAAGCCAAGAGGGUAAAGCACAGGCCGUCAGCGCACGGUAACCGGGGAACUAAACGGCCUAGUUUAACGCAUGCUUCCUGCUUCCAAGGGGAGCCCAACACUGGUGUAUUUGCACAAAAGACGGCGAGCACGUUUCUAACAUUUGCGUCUGCUCUUAGCUCUCGAAAGAAUUUGCACUAGCUGCAGCUACAUCAGAGAUGAACGUGGCGUUUGGCACGUGUCGUAUUUUUAAACCUCAAUAUUAACGGCUGCAAAGUGAGUGACACAUGGAAUGCUCGCUUUUCCUUUGCGGCAGACAGGAUGCUUCUAAAUCGUUUUAGCUCUUUCGUUAUUUUUACAGUACAACGCUAUUUUGCAACGGCUCGGAUAGCGUUAACCAUAUGCUGCUGCGAUUUCACCAGCAGUACAGCAGUA